UAGGUACCUUGGCUGAGUGACUGAUUAAUGCAGUUAGUCAAGUCAGAGAAGCCUGUAUUCCAGAUGAAAACUUCCUAAGUCUGAGGCAUCUGUUUGUGUAAAAGUGGUUUCUGCGUUCUGCUCCAGUGGAUCUGAUUCCUACUCUGUAGCUUUCUGAAGGAUUAACGCUGAGCAUCAUUAGUGAAACUCAGCUGCUACCUCUGUACACCACAGCAAAGGCUUUGGAGAGCUUUUUCAGUUAAAACAAUAAUGACUUUCUUGGACUGUAAUCCCAGUGGUGCCUGUUUUCUGUGGAGCCUGGAAGAAUACCUAACUACCAUUGGCAGUUAGUUCUUCAGAGACCUUAUAAAAACCACUCUGCGUCAAACAACUGAGUGACUCAAGCUUGCUCACAGGGACCUUAAGAGUUGGGGAUAUCUAUUCACUGGAAAAUUCAACCACUGAUACUCAGAGCUGCUGCUGAAAUACCAUGUCUAAGAACUCGGAGUUCAUCAAUUUGUCAUUUUUAUUAGAUCAUGAGAAGGAAAUGAUCCUGGGAGUCUUGAAGAGAGAUGAAUAUUUGAAAAAAGUGGAGGACAAGAGAAUAAGGAAGCUGAAGAAUGAUCUCUUAGAAGCAAAACGUAGAAGUGGGAAAACUCAACAAGACACCAGCAGAGUCUGUGUCCACUGUCAGAGAAACCUGGGCUUAAUAUUUGACCGGGGAGACCCAUGCCAGGCCUGCUCUCUAAGAGUGUGCAGCGAGUGUCGGGUCUUGGGCCUUGAUGGCAGCUGGAAGUGCACUGUCUGUGCUAAAGUCGCGCAGCUAAGGAUUGUAACUGGUGAAUGGUUUUUUGAAGAAAAGGCAAAGCGUUUCAAGCAAGCCAAUGUUCUAGGCACUGAUGUUGUCCGACAGUCCAUCUUAAGAAGAAAUCCAGCUGAAGAACUACAAAGCCAAGAGCAAACACGCCAGGAUGCAGAAAAGUCAAACACUUCACCUUCUGCUGGACAGAAGGCCAGUCAUGAUGGGCCCAGGAGAAAGGGAUUUCUUCUUAGCAAGUUCAGAUCAGCAACCAGAGGAGAAAUCAUCGUAGCUCCAAAAACUGGAAGUGGGCGGAGCUACAGCGUGGACUUAGACGGCCAACAUUUUCGGAGUUUAAAGUUAGCCCCAGGUUCCGACAGGGGAAGCACUGGUUCAUCAGAUCUUAAUGACCAGGAAGGUGGUCCUGAGACUCCAAAGAGCAGCCAGAGCAACAAUAUGACCCCAAUCACUCAGAGAUCACCGGCCCCAAGCACAAGGAGCGUGGCUUCAGUCAGCAGUAGAGAACAUGGUUUUGAAAAUUCUGUGGAUUUGUCUGCCUUUGAAAGCACCUCAGAGGACCUCACAAGGAGUCAUCGCAGAAACACUUCCGGCACACCUUCCAUAGCAGUAUCUGGGGCCUCUUUCUCCUCAGACCGGAGUCAAUCUGAGUUAGAUUUGAGUGGAUCAUUUACAGAAGACUUAGAGGAUACAGUAAACGUAAGAAGCAAGUCUGUCCCUGGAGUUUUAGACAAAGACUUGACCAGCCUUAACAGCAUGAUGAGCGUUUACAGUGAAACGGGAGACUAUGGCAACGUGAAGGUCAGUGGUGAAAUCCUUCUGCACAUCAGCUACUGCUACAAAACUGGCGGGCUCUACAUUUUUGUCAAGAAUUGCAGAAAUCUGGCCAUAGGAGAUGAAAAGAAACAGAGGACAGAUGCUUACGUCAAGUCGUACCUUCUUCCUGACAAGUCUAGAAACAAUAAACGCAAGACCAAAAUCAGAACAGGCACUAAUCCAGAAUUCAAUGAAACGCUAAAGUACACUAUCAGCCAUACCCAACUGGAAACGAGAACUCUGCAGCUCUCAGUCUGGCAUUAUGAUCGAUUUGGACGUAACAGUUUCCUUGGGGAAGUGGAGAUUCCUUUUGACUCGUGGAACUUUGAAAAUCCAAGUGAUGAGUGGUUUGUGCUUCAGCCCAAGGUGGAAUUUGCUGCUGACAUUGGCCUUCAAUACAAAGGAGAGCUGACAGUUGUUUUAUGUUACAUUCCCCCAGAGGAGAACCUGAUGCGUUCACUAGGACAACUUCAAGGAAAGAAGACCAUUAAAAGAGAAAAGAAGAAGGCGUCGCCUGUAAUUUCUGGAGGAAUACUAGAAGUAUUCAUCAAAGAGGCAAAGAAUCUGACCGCAGUGAAGUCAGGAGGCACUUCUGAUAGCUUUGUGAAGGGCUACCUGCUCCCUGAUGAUAGCAAAGCCACCAAGCACAAAACUCUGGUAAUAAAAAAGAGCGUUAACCCUCAGUGGAAUCAUACUUUCACAUUCAGUGGCCUGCAUCCCCAGGAUUUAAAGAAUGUUUGCCUAGAACUUACCGUCUGGGACAAGGAGGCCUUUUCCAGCAACAUCUUUCUGGGAGGAGUUCGUUUGAAUUCCGGAAGCGGUGUGAGCCAUGGGAAGAAUGUGGAUUGGAUGGACUCUCAGGGGGAAGAACAACGCCUUUGGCAGAAGAUGACCGACAAUCCUGGUACUCCCAUAGAGGGUAUACUCAUGCUCCGUUCUAGCAUGGGGAAGCGUCAGCUCUGAAGGUACCAUUCUCCAAAAUGAGGCCUCCCAGGACUGUCUGACUGCCAUUUCCUACCAGUAGCAGGCUUGGGACCUCGGAUUCCUCUUCUCUGCCAUUCUUUACCUGAGGACAGUGGAACAUGAAGGGAGAGAGAUCAGGGUGAUGAACAUUGCCAUAGGCCAGGGCCUUCUUGAUUGGAUGAUAGAAAGUGUACCAAACUGUCCUGUUAAAAAGCAAAUUGUUCAAUGAUACAUAGGCUUUAUAACAUAAGGGAAGUGGUGCAAGCUUAUUUGACAGUACAGGUGAGAUUAGGAGUCCCCAUUUUUUCUUGUUAUGAGUUAAUUUAGUUUUCCUCAAAUGGUUUGAGGGAAAAGGGGAGCACUCAAAAUGUAGAUCACUUGAAGAGUAAGAAGGGAUACUGGCUACCUUUCCUCACCUUGGGAAUCCCCAUGAUCUAAAGAAGGCAUUGUAGGGAUGGUUGCUAGGACCAGGAGAUGGCCCUGUUAUUGUAGCAAUCUUGUGGCUUAACUAGGUAAGUUUUCAAGAUGAACUGACAAGUUUUUCUGUGGUGACUAUAUAAUUUAUAAUCUAAAUCAGCCCAUUUUUCAGAGUGAGGAGAACUAAAUCAUUACACAAGAUGUGACUAGAACAAUAGAUGUAAAAUCAGGAUUGACCUGGAAAAUUGGGAUGUAGGGUCACCCUAGUUAUGGCCUAGCUAUGAGAGAGGUCUGUUUGUUAAUAUGUAUUUUAUAAAGUGUUCUAAGUCAUUAACUAAAAGGGAAUAAGACAUAGCAUACAUUUUGAGCCCUGCUUGUAUUGUGUCUACUGAUACUCCAUUGGUCAAAGGAAGUCACGUGGCCAAGGCCGAAAGCAAGAGGGAGGGAAAUACACUCUGCUCACAGUGAAGCCAUGGCAAGAGUAAGAAUGCAGGAAGAGAUGAAGAAUCAUGGCCAAUAGUUCAAUCUACCAUACCUUCUGUCACCUGGCAUUUCAGAUGCUUUAGACACCAAACUUAGAUGCAAAGGUAGUUGAAGCUGAAAGGGGCCUCAGACUUGGUUCCUCAUUUUGUAAAUUCCAAAUCUGAACUCACGGAGAUGAAAUGACUUGCCCAAGAUCAUAUAGAAGUAUCUGGACUUAAAUCCAGGGUGUGACUCCUAGGCCAGUGUUCUUCCUACUGUAGCCCAUGGCAUGAUCAGGGUGGACGGGAGGACAUAGAUGACGGAAGGUGGAGUAGAGUCUGAUUAUUUGAGUAAGAACAUACCUGACCUACUCUGCUUUUGGAGUCAUCUUGUAGCCCCUCAACUCAUUUAUUUUUUCAUUUGAAUUCUUAUAAAAUCCUUAAAAGGAUAGAACCUGAAUUUCAGUAGUAGGAAAGCUAGAAUCACCUUCAGGCUUAUUCUAGCUUAUUAUUUUGUAUUCUAAAUUUCUUCUUGAAUUUUGAAUACAUAUUUAAGAAUAUAUUCAGCAUUAUUCUUAGUAAGAGAAUAAGCAACCCAUUUUCAAUAUUAUUUUUAAAAAAUAGGCUAAUUCUAGAAAAUUGAAGUUAGUGGUCUAAGUGUAACUUCGUACUUAUGGCACAUUUUAAUUUAAAUAAAACUCCCAUCCAUAUUCCUAUACUGCCCUUCUUAAAACAGAACACAAAAUAUGUAAGAUCAUCACUACUUUCUAUAUCGUAAAAAUAAAUUGUCUUCAGACUUGAUGUGA